GGGGCAGUGCGUGCGGUGUACGGAGGCCAGAGACAGGCGUGCUGGAGUGGAUCGGACUGAGUGGGACGGCGGCGGACGGCGGACUCUGAGAACGACGCUCUCCGUCUGUGAGCGAGUGACACCGACCGCGCAGCACGACGGACGUCUCUCGGGCGAAGCUCACGGAGGUUUGCCGAGCGAACCGUGCCGUGCGGGAUACUGUGACGGUACGCUGGGUCAUCUGUUUCCGAAUCGGUUUUAGAGUGUCGAUCAAGGCGAUCGAGGAACGUUGCCGCUUCGUCAUCGGCGUUUUAUCAAACAUUUCGUGGUCUCAUUUUCAGAGACGACCCUGUGCGACCAUCGAGAGCGAUCUGGAUAUAUCAGACACAUAUGACCACACCGCCAGUGCGUUUUGAUGCGGCCAAGGGCGCGGAGCUCUGCUACAGUUUGGUGAUGUUGCGGACUGCGUUCGGAGGCGUGCUUCUGCUGCUGUGUGCCGCCAGCACCCAGGGAGAUACAGGUCUGCCUGAGGUGACGGUAGUUGCUGGCCAGCGGGCACGCCUGCCCUGUCCUCAGCUCUCAGACCGACAGAGAGCCUCGGUGUCACUUGUCAUCUGGUACAAGGACGACAUGCAGACGCCGAUAUACAGUUUCGACAGCCGGGACGGCCGGCCCCCACUGCACUGGUCGGACCACGGCGUGCUCGGGGAGGCGCGCGCUACCUACCGACCCGAAGAGAACCAGCUGAUCCUGCACGACGUGCGGCCCGCCGACCAGGGCCGCUUCCGGUGCCGAAUCGACUUCCGGCGGAUACCGACCGUCACUGGCGACGUCCGCCUCGGCGUCAUCGUGCCACCCUCGGCUCCGAUUAUUCGGAACAGUACCGGCCACAUCCUCGCCAACAACAGUCAGCAGGCGCUAACGGAGGGUGAACGUCUCUGGCUGUCCUGUGAGGUGAAGGAAGGCUACCCUCGGCCGCGCAUCAGCUGGCUGGUGCAGAACGUGUCUGGUGUGGUGGUGACGGCCGGCACCGCGGUGGCUCGCGGCACCAGCGUGAUGAGCGAACUGGUGCUGCCGGAGGUGCGCCGUGCUGACCUGCGCACCAACGUCACCUGCAGCGCCGAGAACAGCAACAGCACCGAGCCCAGCGCCGGCACCGUCACCCUGGACGUCUACUUCCGGCCUCUGAGGGUGCGACUGCAGGGAGAGGACGGUCCUCUGUCCGCCGGCAAACAGUACGAGUACGUAUGCCGUUCGUCGGGCUCCCGACCGGCAGCCACGCUCACAUGGUAUCUCAACAACGCGGCACUGCCCAACGGCAAGCAACAUGAGUCGGCGGACCGAGGGACCAGCAUCAGCACCAUCCACCUCCGCCCGGAUCUGGGCGACCAGGGCAAGACGCUCUCCUGCCGUGCCCACAACCCGAAAAUGGACCGGUCCAAAUUCAUCGAGGAUAGUCGCCGACUCAACAUCAGAUUCCCGCCGAAGGUCGCCCUCCGUCUGAGCCCUAUGAUCAGCGCCGAUGAUGUGCGCGAGGGGAUGGAUGUGUUCUUCGACUGUGAGGUUCGGUCCAACCCGCCGCCGAGCCGAGUCACCUGGCUACAUGAGGGCGAGGAGGUGGUGAUGGACAAGAAGCGGGGUGUCAUCGUCAGCAGCACCAGCCUGGUGUUGCAGAACGUCACACGUCGCCAGGCAGGGUCGUACCGGUGUCACGCGGUCAACACGGAGGGCGAGAGCACCAGCAAGCCCACCGCACUCCGAGUCAUGUACGCGCCGGUGUGUGCCGACUCUCAGCGGCUCGUGUACGGCGUCUCGCGCGGCGAGCAGGUCUCGGUGCUGUGCCGGGUCGACUCCGAUCCACCUCCCAGCAACUUUGGCUGGACCAUGAACGGUUCGGACCACGUUCGUUCUCUGACUGCCGGCGUCGGCCACUGGCCGGCCGGACCUCACACGAGCAGUGUGAUAGUGGAGCCACAUCAUGAUCGAGACUACGGCACACUACUGUGCACCAGCUCUAACCGGGUCGGAAGGCAGGCGCAGCCGUGCGCCUUCAAAAUCGUGCCCGCAG